AGCUCGAUGUCUACACCUUCAACGCCAGACACUGGCAGUUUUGUUUGGGACACGUCAGAAACUCCUCUGCAUAAAUCUUCCAACGAAAUCGAAUUUGACCUUUCGACGCCGUUAACUCCGCCACUGACUUCGGAUGACUUUAAGCAGACUUACGAGUCGCAAGUCAAACCAAUCUUCUUGCCGACCGCCGACCAUAUACCGACCACACAAAUAACAACCCCGGACUCGAAUUCUGGCUUGAAGGAUUGUCAAAUUGCAGGUAAAAGCCCGGUUCCAGACACGGUCGCUUUGGGAAAGCUGUUCCGUGAUACUAGAGAUCUCCUCCAAGCGGUUGGCAAUGAGAGUACUUCAAAGUUCCAGAUCCAGUACAAUCCCGUGCCUUCGAUCGAUUUCCUCUCUAUACCCAAAUCUCACUCAAACAGCGCGAAUAUCACCAAGAGAGAGAGCGAAGGCACAGAACCUCAAGUCAAGACUGAAACUACCAAGACCCGUUCUGUCAUCGCAGACACUCCGCGUCCCAAUAGCAGAUACAAAGGUCUUCAGGCAGUAUUAGAGCACAUCACCCCCUCUGAGAUUCAUGCCAGGUUAAACGACGAUCCAAAGCUUUGCGUUGCCUCUUACGUCAGAGUUCCGAACGAGAGAUGCAUCUGCAAAGUUCAAAAACAGCUUACCAGUGAUCACAAAAUCUUAAACACUGUGUCUAGUUGUAUCGAGAAGGGCGAUUAUGCUACUUUACCAGAAUAUCUUGAGCAGCUCGCGGAGGUCGUCCUGUGUGGCAACCAUCGAAAAGUGGCUCUGCUUCAGCCGAAAGCCAAAUCAAGGAUUGCCAAAUUGCGAGAUUUUAUUUUCAACCUCCCGCAAGCAUCAAAAGCAGAUCUCUCAACUUUUAGAGCAUGGACAAUGGCACUGGCCAACCGUGGCCUUCCUCUUCCAGUUGACUGCAGUGCGCGAGAGGAUUCACCCUCUGUGGUGCCACCCAAAACAAACACUACUGCUGCCUUCAGCGGCAAUACGACGUCGAAUUUACCAGGAUUUCUGCCUUAUAAACCAACACGGAUGAGCGACCUUGCUAUUGCCAAAGCCGUGAAGAAGAUGAUCGCCAAGCCAUUGACAGCAACUGACAUGAAGGAUGGUUUCAUAUACAUAUUCUGGGACAAAGGAACCUUUGGUAUGGUCAAAAUCGGUCGAACGAAUGACCUCGAGCGACGACUGAAAGAGUGGAACAGGUGCAAGAGCACGCACAGCUAUCACAAGUCCUCCCGGGAUGGUGACCUUCGCAAAGUUCCGCAUGUCCAACGCAUCGAGAGACUUAUGCAGAUUGAGCUGGUCAACAACCGAAAGACAAGAGCUUGUGACACCUGUGUUAAGACUAAGAUGCACAAGGAGUGGUUCGAUGUAUCUGAGGCAAAAGCUGUAGAGGUUUUCCAGAAGUGGCGUAACUGGAUCCUUCAAGAGCCAUAUGCGGAGGACGAUAAAGGGCAGUGGGUAAUCAGGCCCGAAAUGCUCGAGACGAUACCUGAGAACUGUAAGCUUGAGCCCGAAGAGGCGCAGAGCCUGCGGAUUCGACCGCGAAAUGUCAAGAACAGGUUAAAGCGA